CUGUGCACAGUUUAACAAAGUUGCACCCAGGUGUUGUUUUACACACCGCCUCAGCUACGACACAUCCUCUCACAUUUCCAUUGGACAAUUCCAUUUCACAUUUUCACAUUUCCUCUUCUAAACUGUGUACAGCAAGUGUAUCUUUUGUAUUUGAACAAUUCAUUUCUCGCAUAUAUGAAAGUUAAGUUCCAACUGUUUCCAAAACCAUAUCGCAAGUGAGCCGUAUUUGAGCUUAGACAGAGCAGCAUCGGAGCGCCGGGCCAUUUCACUCACAAGUCAAAAUGGGACGUGGAUUGGCUACACUGGAAUGGAAUGGAAUUGGAGUCAUGAGAAUGGCUAAGAGCGCCAUGAUCCCAAAUUGAGGAUGAGGAACACGUCAAAGGACGGGACAGAUCCCAGCCAGCUGUUUGACGACACCAGCACAGYGUCGGGGGUGCAGCCCGCUGGGUUCCCGGGCCAGGGUGUUGGGGCGAUGGGCUACCCUGGCCAGACCCUCCUCUCAGACCCCAUGUCCAACAUGGCCAUGGCGUACGGAAGCAGCCUGGCCAGCCAGGGCAAAGACUUGGUAGACAAAAAUCUGGAUCGUUUCCUCCCCAUCUCCAAACUGAAGUAUUACUUUGCUGUGGACACAGUUUACGUGGGCAAGAAACUCGGACUGCUAGUCUUCCCCUACAUGCACCAGAACUGGGAAGUGAGCUACCAACAGGACACCCCAGUGGCUCCACGCUUUGAUAUCAACGCUCCUGACUUGUACAUUCCAGCAAUGGGUUUCAUCACAUACAUCCUGGUGUCUGGGUUAGCACUUGGAACACAGAACAGGUUUACCCCUGAGAUCCUGGGCAUGCAGGCCAGCUCGGCCCUGGUGUGGCUCAUCAUGGAGGUGCUGGCUGUCCUCCUCAGUCUCUACCUGGUCACAGUCAACACAGACCUCACCACCAUCGACCUUGUGGCCUUCUCCGGAUACAAAUAUGUGGGGAUGAUUGUAGGGGUYGUGGCAGGGUUACUAUUUGGUCGAACGGGUUAUUACCUAACACUGCUAUGGUGCUGUAUAUCCAUCUUCAUCUUCAUGAUCCGCACAUUGAGACUAAAGCUCCUGUCUGAGGCAGCAGCCCAAGGCGUGUUGGUCCACGGGGCCAGGAACCAGCUGAGGAUGUACCUGACCAUGUCCAUUGCAGCCGCCCAGCCCAUAUUCAUGUACUGGUUGACCUAUCACCUGGUCGGGUAAGACCACGAGCUGACCAGGAGCGUUUCAUCUGACAAGAUACUACCUCUCUAUGGAAAGAUAAGACUGUUCACUGACCAUCACCUCUCCCAACCAUUCGCUGCGGAGGUGCGGGACACUUGCACAGAUAAAUAAAAACACACAAAUGGCAUUGUGGAAUCAGMAUUGCCAAGUCUCACAGCACAACUGUAACAGUAGGGUUGACUUGUCUUUUUGUAUAGUUUUUUAUGUAAUUGUCUAAAAAUAAUAAUUGACUGGCUUGUCAUGUUUUGUAUACUGUAAUUUAGUCAAUUAUGUUUUCUAAGCAUUUGUGAACAUAUGGUUGUAUAUUAGCAAUCUAGCUUGGGCCCUCAAUCUCAAAAGCUUUGACUGAGCCAAGGAUGGAAGCACAGUUAAGGCAAAUGUAUAGCCUACGUAAGUAUGCAACGCAAUUUGCUACGCAAAACGUCUGUCCUGCAGAAUUGCAUUGCCGAAUUUGCAGCCUAAAAUUUGUAACGUGUCACAACUACGCAGGGAAGCCAUUUCGUGUGACUAAUUGCGUUCUUGCGUUACACACUUAGGUUGACUGAAGGGCUUUAGCAUAAUUUGCCUGCGCCGUCCAGUGAACACAAAAAAAGCACUCUGUCCUUAUUCAUAGGAUGAUGUAUUUAAACAGAUUUGUGGAUGUGUUGUUUGUAAAUAGGGGGGGGAAAUUGUACAUGUCUGAUGUCUUGGUGACACACUGAAGCCCAAAUAAAGGCUUUCUAUCAUGUAACAAAGUCAUUUAGAAAUCUUACAUUACAGCUGAUGCUUUUUUAAAUGAGCUUGACAAAAAAACAUGAGCAUAUGACACUGUAAUUGAACAUGACAAAAUAUACAAAGGUUUAGAUGUUAUAAUUACUAACUUCCAUUUGAAAUGUAGGCUUAAUUACUAGAAAUAUCAUGCYAAAAUGGUGUUGCGUUGCCAUGCUUCAAUUGCUUUUAUGAAUAAUUGAUAUACAGAAACGUAAUAACAUGGAUCCUCUACAACCUGAUAAAUAAACUGAAACUGGAGUACACAUUUAUGGCUUUUUUGAAUUUAACUGUUAUGAAGCUGAUUAUGUCUCAUGUCCAAUAUCAUUAACACACACUCGAACUUUGAUUUCCAUUGAUCCAACAAUUUUUUCCAACAGAAAAUAAGCUUUAAUGGUCUAUGGUWAGGUUGUAUCUAUGUAAGAUUAACACUUUAGCCCUUUUCCCUCUGCCCCAAGAUAGGAUGAUAUGAUAAAUCCUGYUUAUCUUGACAUUAGCAGAUGUAUUUGACAGAUGUUCCUGUCAAUCUUGAACCAACACUUGAGAGUCGGCAUUCCAAACCAAAUGCAUCAUACUCUGCCACAACUGUCACAAUCAGAUAACAGAAGCCAUAAUUUACACCUUGCAUUUACAUGUUGUUCUCAUCAUGGAUUGCUAUCUGAUCAAGAUUUGUUGUGUCUACACAUGGUAAUAAAAUGUGUAUCUUAUCUGCCACUGCGUCUGCAUUGUGCCCAGAUGCCAUGGUCCAUCCCUGUAUGCMAAUUCAUUCAACCUGACUUGGACCUUCCGUUAUGACACAAGCUGUAUAAAUUGACARAAAACYGCACACUUUUAGUUUUAUAUUCAUCAAUACAGCCUACUUUUGUUAUCCAACGAYUUAAGACUGGCSGUAAUAGGCUAUAGUCCCGAUAACCUCGACCUGUCCACAGCCAUACAAAAAACAUCACCGCACAAACGAGCUGAAUAUCUGGAUGUACAGUGGGGAGAACAAGUAUUUGAUACACUGCCGAUUUUGCAGGUUUU